GUCGAAACUUAGCGCGUUAGCGACACCCGCUGGUCAAAUCAAAAUUCUAUUGAAUUAUUAUAGUUAGUAUGUUGUAUUUCGAUGGAGCUAUAACAUAUUUCUGGUCAAUUAUAGACAUGAUUAAAAAUGUUAAAAAAUUGUUAAUACAAUACAUAUUUUAGGUACAUUUUAAGAAAAUGAUUCGUUACGUAACCAUAUUUUUUUUCGUCUGUAAAUGGCUGAGUUUUGUUUUCGUGGCGGUUUUUUGCUACGCAAUACCUGCAGAGAUCAAAAAGGUUGGGGGGGUGAUAUAUACUAUAGUAUAUUGUACUUUUAAUCAAUUUACCAUAGUGAAUACCACCGAAUAUUGCAGUAUGCUAUAAUAGUUGAACUAUACAGCUUUUAUAUUAUACUAUACUACACCACACUAUUGCUGCUACCCAUAUUCUAUUGAAGGUUAUAAUAAAUAUAUUUGAUUUUUGAUGCCACCGGGAGGCCAAAGCACACAGUCGGUUGUUUUGUGAGCCACACAGCGCCCCCUGUAGGAAUAAAAUCUCGUUCACAUCUGCAUACAGACGCGCUGAUUCUGAUUUAUCUGCCUUUGACUGCGACAGGUGCGUCUCCGUUUCGUCCUCCUAAAAUGCGCAAACGGUGAUUCUUACAUCCAAAAACAGUACAGAUGAUGUCAAAUAUGAUGUAAGGAAGAGCGUUUUCUCCUUUCACCGUUGGAGAGGAGCGGUAAGCGUCAUUAUGCUUUUGUCGGCGCUCAUCUGUUCUGUUCUUCUCUGUGUGACGAGCGCGACUCGAUCCUCUCCGACAUCCGAUCUCACAUCCAAGAUAUCGGGCGUGGAGGAGCUGCUGGAGGAGUUCCGCAAGCAGCUCCAGCAGGAUGAGUCGGACUCCGGAGUGGACGAUGAGGACGGAGACGUCUGCGUGAGCGGCUUCGCGGUGGCGGAGGAGCGCAUCAUCCGGGCGAGCGCGUCCAUCGAGCAGGGCGCCUCGUUCCUGUCCGCGCCGCCGCGGGUGUUCAGCUGGAGGGACUGCGUGCACGCCUGCUGCUCGCACCCGCGAUGCACGGACGCCAUCAUUCAGGAGGACCUGAAGCAGCCGGACGACAGCUUACGCUGCUAUCUGUUCAACUGCACGUACAGGGGCAGGAACGUGUGCUCGUUCUCCUUUCAGCCCGGGUUCAGCACCUACAGCCGGGCGAACAGCACCAGACCCAUCGAGCCCGUCACCGACACCGCAUCCCGGAGACCAUCGCACGGGUCAGAAGAGCUGCAGGAUUUGGAUGAGCCGCCCCGCAGUGAUGCCGGACAGGAUCUUGUGGUUCAGCUCCCGACAGACUGGGCCGUGCUGGACGGCAGAGACAGCACUGAUGAUCACGGCAUCGCACAUUACCAAUGGACUCUUGUCAAAGGAGAUUCCUCUGUUCGCAUGAAGGUGACUCAUCCGGGUCUGCUGAAACUCGGUGGUCUCAGAGAGGGAAUGUACACCUUCCAGAUAACUGUGACUGACACAGCUGGACAGAAGAGCUCUGAUAAUGUGUCCGUAAGCGUCCUCGCACCAGCGCCAAAUGCAGAAGUGUGUACAGGUCACUGUUCUCGCUAUCAGUUCAUGUGUGACGACGGCUGUUGUAUUGACAUUGGUUACGCCUGUGAUGGGAAGCAGCACUGCCCUGAUCGAUCAGAUGAAAACUUCUGCCAAAACUUUGACAGCAGUCAUAAAUCCAGCCCCCCCUCUAGACUUGGACCGGACAUACAAACUGAAACAGCAGCCCAACAACCAUCCUCAAAAAUACAAACCCCUGAUAUCCCCUAUAAACCUGAACAACGCUAUGCGACGAGUAACCAAGAUCCCUGUUUAUUGCCUCCAGUGGUCGGCCCGUGUAAAGGUGUUUUUCCACGCUGGUAUUAUGAUUCUGUGACAGGACAGUGUCUGCACUUCCAGUAUGGCGGCUGCAAGGGAAACCACAACAACUUUCUGCAGAAAUCCGACUGUGUCAAUGAGUGCCUUCAGAAACCAUCAGUAACAAAAGAGCAGGCGACCGCGACUCCAUCACUUGGCAUGAAAACAUACACAUCAGCCGUAGUGACAGUCAAGGAGGAGAAACAUCCAUCUCCUUUUCUGGUGCGUCAAAAUUCACUUCCUGUAUCUAAAGUACAUCGCCUAAUGGAAGGACACCCUCCUCCCGAGUCAGGUGCCAUUCUUCCUCUGGCUUUGGGUCUGAUCAUCAGCAUUCUGCUGUUAUUGAUGGUGAUCUGCAGACUCUGGCUUGUGCGCCGUAAACUGAAGAAAGCUUUGCCUCUCACCACAGAAGAGUCUGAUUAUCUUAUCAAUGGCAUGUAUUUAUAGCAGAAUAGCCACCUGACCAUCAAACCGCUGCUCUAUUCAUGUGUGUGUGUUUAGAAGCUAUCUUUAUUCUUACCUCAAAGUUUUCUUUAGAUAUCCCACUUCACGUGCUCUCUGUUCAGUAUGUUAUAUGUCAGCAGUGUCUGGAUGACAUGUUUUUGGAUAUUUCCCACAAACCAUUGCGUCACAGAAAAAUAGGGGGUUCUUAUGUUUCUUUGGUGAUGAUGAAUGCAAACGAGAUGAAAGUUUCUGUGUUAUUGUAUGUUCCUGGCUUAAUGCAUACUUCAGAGCACAUACUUUGUUAUACUCGUUUGAAGUGUGCAGUUGUGUAAGAUCUUGCGUUAUUUUUAUGAUGCAUGAAGCACCACUACUGUAGCUUGCCUGAUUUUACAUCUCGGUCGCCUUACUUGACACUUCCGAGCCUUAUUAUGAUAAAUAUUUCCUUUCGUUUUGUAUGCUUGACAACAUGUGGAACUGUUGUCAUAAUAAAAAAAAAGACCCAGACAUCCCUUGAAAACAUAUAAAUGGCCUUAUAUGGUAGAAUUUUCAAUGUUUUUAUGGCUUACUGUGAUAUUACAAACUAGUCUGUAUAAUUCAAUCUUCAGAUGUUUUGUGAAAUUGUUUAAUCAAAACUAUUUAACUGUAAAAACAUAAAUUAUACUAUAUUUAAAAUGUCAGGAUGGUAAAUCAUCCAUUAAAAUGUGGACCAUCUGUG